AUGACAAUUUCCUCCUCCAGUGUAGGAGCUAUUAUUGGCAGAAAAGGUUCAAGGAUCCGUGAGAUGGAGCAGAACUCUGGAGCCCGUAUCAAGAUUCACAACAGUGAUUCUGAGAGUGGUGAUAGAAGAAUUGAGAUCAUGGGCAGCCCAGAGAACCAAGAUUCAGCCAGACUUAUGAUUGAACAAGUUCUUGAUGGAUCGUUUCAAGAUGGUUACAGUGGUGGCAUGAUGAAUGGUGGUGGUCGAUUUGGAGGAGGAGGUGGCGGCGGCGGUGGCGGCAACAAUGCCUGCUUCCGAUGUGGUGAAAUUGGACACUUUGCCAGAGAUUGUUCCUCCGGUGGUGGCGGCGGAGGUGGUGGCGGUGGAAUGAGUCGUGGACGCAACUUUGGAGGUGGUGGCGGUGGUGGUGGCGGCAGUGGCUGCUACAAAUGUGGGGAAACUGGUCAUUUUGCCAGAGAAUGUAACAGUGCUCCAGACUCCUAUGGAAGAAAUUUUGACAAUUCCAGAAACUCACGAUGGGGUAAUGGCUACUGA